AUGCUUUAAGAAUAAACGAAAUCCUUGAAUUCAUUCCCCAAUCUUUAAGCACUUUGCAAGAAGGAUGAAAAGCAAAAGCAAUCCUUAGAGAAAUUGCUUCAACAUAAACCUCAUGUAGUAAAGAGUUUAGACAUUUAUGCCUAAAACAUAGAGGAAUACUUGAAAGAUCAAAGAAAGAGAAUUGCAUACUUAAAAAAAAGGGAAGAACCCUACUAUGAGUAGAAACCUAUACAAGCUUAUGAUGAGGCACUUAUUAUGCAAUACAAUAGAGUUAAAGCUAAAUAACAUUAUUUGCAACAAUCGCAAAAAAAAAUAUCAUAACAACCAUCUCCUGAAUAACCACGCAAUAGAACUCCUUCCAAAUAUUUCGAUAAGAAUUACAAUCCAUUAAAAAGAAAUGAAAAAUUUGAUAUUCCAUCUCUUUAACCUGUCAAUGUUUCACCUCCCAAAGAACUCAAACCCAUUCAAUUCAGAUAUAACUAUGCCAUGCAAAUAAAUGAUCCACUUCUUAGACAAGUUCUGAGCACUCGUUAGUAAUGGUUUGAAGUUCCAAAUAAUUCAUUUGCUCAUUUAUAAUGGCUAACUUAACUCUUAGAUUUUAGUAAUCUCUCAAAGCAAGACGUGGUUUCCAAAAGAUAAAUGGUGAAUUUAAUGGAAUUUCAACAUGAAUGGUCAGCCAAAUCCUAACUAUACAAUAAUCUAUGCUCUAUCUCCCCAGAACACGCAUUAAAAGUAUUACCACCAGGAUUUGUAUUGAAUUUUAAGAUUUCAUAAUGGGUUGAAGACCUAGAGUUUAUUUAGGAUUAUUUGAUAACUCAUCAUUCUCAAAAAGAAACACAAUAAAAAUUUCCAUUUUCUGUUUAUGUUCCUAAUAAAGGAGGCCAAACUUAUAAUAAAUAAAUUUCAAAACUAAUACAAGAUGUCCCCAAAAUUUGGAUCUGCAAAUCAGCUAUUGGAUCUGGUGCUACCAUACUAAAUAGUGUUGAUUAAUUACAUUAAUUUUUAAUUCAAUAAUACAAAGAUUAAAAAGAGUAUGUGAUUUAGAAGUAUAUAACAAAUCCUCUAUUGUAUGAUGGAAAGAAGUUUGACAUCCAAAUCAAUGUUUUAGUUAAUCAGGACAAUUAGAUUUUUGUUUCAGCAGAACCAACUGGAAGGUGUUGCACAGUUAAUUAUGAUCCUAAUUCGGAAGAUCCUUUUGCUCAUACUAAACCAAAAUAAGCCAUUUCUCACAAAGGCUUAGUAGAAUUUUUAGAUUCUCAAGGGAUAUCUCUAUAAGACCUACUUACUCAAAUUAAGACUUCAAUUUCUUUGAUUCCCUGUAAAUUAAAUAGAAGAUAAAGGAAAUAUUGUAUGUAAAUCUUUGGCUUUGAUUAUUUACUUGAUGAUACCAAGAAAAUACAUUUGAUAGGAAUAAAUGCAAAUCCGAUUUAUACAUAUGCUGAAUUAGAUGGAGCAUUCAAACUGACUCUAGAUAAAAUUUUCCCUAUAAAUAAUAAUUAUAAAAGUGAUGAAAAAUCAAUUUGGACCUGCCUAUUUUGA